UUGUCUGCGACGGAGCGAGACCGGAGUUCCCGAGUGGCGGCCACUCUCCGGCGGGAAAGCCUAGAUCGCUCGCUCUUCGCCAUCGGCUUCUGACUUGGGAGAAGAAGGGAAGGCUCCAAGAUGACCGACCGCUACACCAUCCACAGCCAGCUGGAGCACCUGCAGUCCAAGUACAUCGGCACGGGCCACGCCGACACCACCAAAUGGGAGUGGCUGGUGAACCAGCACCGCGACUCGUACUGCUCCUACAUGGGCCACUUCGACCUGCUCAACUACUUCGCCAUCGCGGAGAAUGAGAGCAAAGCGCGGGUCCGCUUCAACCUCAUGGAGAAGAUGCUGCAGCCCUGCGGGCCACCGGCCGACAAGCCCGACGAGAACUGAGCCGGCGCCUUCCUGCCCGGGCCGGGAACGCCUCCUCCCGCCGUCCUCGGGGAUGCGCUUGAACCCCCGUUGAGCCGGGCCUCGUGGCUCGCCGACCCGCCUUGACCUGGCCUCGGGGUGUGCCGCCGGGACCCCCUGAGACCCGCCUGACCUGGCCUCGGGACCCCCUGAGACCCGCCUGACCUGCCACCGGGACUCCCUGAGACCCGCCUGACCUGGCCUCGGGACC